GGGGCCAAUCGCGACGCGGGAGGAGCGGAGGCGGCGACGGUUUGCCGUCGGGGGGGCCGUUCGCCGCCUUCGCCGUCGCGCGGCGUUUGUUUUUAACCGUUAAGCGUCGAGGAGGAGACCUGAGGGAGUGUGUGUGAGAGAGAGAGAUAGAGAGAGAGAGAGGGGAUGUCGGCGGCGUGGAAUUCAAUCGGGAAUCAGGAGUACUUGAAGAAGAGAAUUCUACCAAAUCCGAAAUACCAACAUGUCCGAGCACGAAUUAAUACUGGAUGCAGCCUUUCAAAAUACAUGGAAAAACUUGAAGAGAUGAAAAGAAAUUAUAGAUAUAGAAGAGAUGAACUAUUUAAAAGAUUGAAAUUGACCACAUUUUCUCAGCUGAUACUUCAGGUAGCAUCUGUGAAUGAACAAAAUAAUGGGAUAUCUGAUGAGGAACAGAGGCUGCAAGAUUCAAAUUCGGUGCUUUCUGCACGUGAGCCUGAGCUACUUUCAAUAAAGGGCAAUGAAGAAGACUGCUUUACAGGAAGGCAACCAAAAACUCCGAUCCUGAUGAUAAGUGACAAUGGUUCUGGUGAAAAAGUUGUUUCAGCUCGUUCCACUCUGCAAAGUGUUAUAAGUGGUGUUGGGGAAAUAGAUCUAGAGAAGGAGAAUGGUUUGAAGCCUAAUAACAAACCUCGUGUACCAACUCAUGUGGAAAUUGAUAAACCAUAUCCAGAGUGCCCCUACCUCUUGCUGGAUGUACGAGACAGUGAUGCUUUCAAGGAGUGUCACAUUAUUGGAGCCUACAAUUAUCCUACAGCAAUGUUGUCGCGGACUAUGAACCCUUACACAAAAGAGGUUCUGCAAUACAAAAAUGUCAGCGGGAAAAUCAUUCUGGUCUAUGAUGAAGACGAGCGGCUGGCUAGCCAGGCUGCCACAGUUCUGUGUGAGCGAGGCUUUGAGAACCUUUUCAUGCUAACGGGAGGGCUGAAAUUAGCUGCCCACCUAUUCCCAGAAGGUCUACUGACUGGUUCAAUCCCAGAGUCAUGCCAGCCUAUCACUCCUCCACCAUCUCGCCGCAGACGUUCAGCACCUCCAGAGCCACCACUCCCUGCACAGAACAAGUUCAGAUUUACUGCGGAUGAUUUGUUCAAAAUAAACCAUUAUCUGAACGAUUGUCUAUUGCCAUCGGAAACAGCUAGUAAUUGCAGCCGGCUUUCUUCAAGAACGCUGUCGACAAUGUCUAACAGCCGUGCCCAAUCCAUGGCUGGCAGUGCCCGGUCAAGCACAGGAAGCUAUCUGAACAGACCAUGGAAAUGAACAGCAGAAUGUCACUCCCCCACUAUCGCUUCUGUGUCUGAUAUAUUUGCUAUUUUUUUAAAUCAACAGCUGCUAAAGAAUUAAAUAUCUGUAGAAACGUAUGUCACUGACAUUUAGUAAAAACAAACAACUU